GCUCUUGAUAACAAGUGUAACCCUUAAAAUUUCAUUAGGUUUAUCUUAUCGCUGGGGAAGAGCGGAGCGUUUGGAGACCCAAAGUCGAUGGCCAUUCGAUAGGAGAGCUCAGUGCAAAGGAGGCAGCCGGCGAACGUGUUUCGCCUUCCAUUUUUAAAUUGCGAAAACCGCGCGAAUUGAGAUCCGUCGGUGAGAUAACGAUUUGUGAUUUGGUGCUGGUGUUUCUCGAGCCAUUGUUUAGGGCCCACAUUGCGUAUGCUUUAUCGCAGUGACGACAACGUAAUUUCCCUCGGUGAUUCAUAGAAUCGAGCGAUUAAACAGUCGUCCUCAAGUGUGGCAAGUGUAGCAAGAGAAUGGCCCAGGAAUGAUUGAGCUAUCCUGGGGCCAUAUGCAAAAUCCCCCGAAAAACUAAUCAAGCUGAUUAGAUAUCUCUCGCCCGAAUUGACGAAUUGUAAUUUCAAAUUGAAUUUAUAGCCCCUGAGCGUGCGUUGUCUUAUCGAGUAGGCAAUUGGCUGGCCCAGCGAUCACAGGUUGCACAACCCAUUCAUCGGCAUAGCAAAUAUCCCCGUCAAAGGAGCCCUUUGGCAUAGUAAACCCAUCAAGAUGGCCAGCAUGGGCACUGGUUUUUCCAAGUGCUUCAUACUCUUCAUGGCGAUUGUCAUACUCGCCCAGGGAGCCGCCUACUUGGCCUUGUCCAUCUGGGGCAUCACCUUCCGAGAGUGCCCGGAUGUUGUCACCGACUUCAGCGAUAAUCCCUUCAGAUAUGCCAUGGAACUCAUUUACUUUUCACAGGAGCAAUGUGGAGAUCCGGUGCUGAAAAUAAGCGACCAGGAAGUUGACUUGACUAUAGAUUGGAGCAAGUCCUUCGCCAUAACCAACAGGGAGUUCAUCUUCAUGAUAACCUACGCAGUGGUAAGUGGCCUCUGGGUGGCCACCUCGGUAUUGGUGAUAACCACUUUGUGCAAUCGCACCACCAAGCUGAUUUCCGGAGUCGUCUACUGGCCCUGGUUCCUGUCCGUUCUGGCAGGCAGUGUCCUCGAUGUGGUUGCCUCAGUGUAUCAUGGAUUCGACUUAAGCCAUACAACGUCUAUGCAAGAUGCACUGGACUACAUUGGAGUCACCUAUAGCGAAACCACCAGCUCUAUUUGGACCUUGAUGGAGCCCUUCGGAGUCUACUUCUCGACGCCCUCGAUUCUUCUGCUGUGCCUCACGACUCGCGUGGCCAUCAUCUGGCUGCUGAACGUCAUUGGAGUCACCUUCUGCCUGUCGUUGUCCGGCAUCAUGGCACAGCAGAAUGCCGCAAAAGCCGCCUUGAGCAACAGUCAGGCUUCCACCCGUCAGCCGACGCCUCAGCCUGUGGUGUCACCUGUCCAGCCGGUGGUGCAAGCCACUCUGGUGGAGAGCGUUCAGCCCUCGGCUCCGCUGGAGAGUCCCCAGUAUCCGGAACAGAUCCGCCCCAAGCCGCUGCCAAUUUUCAUUCCCGCGGAGCAGAACUUUCAGCGUCAGGAGUCUCAGCAGCAACAGUUCGCAUCAGGAGAUCGCACUACUCUGCAGUCGCCGGUUAUGGUGCUGCCACCACAAGUUCCUCAACAGCAGAGGGAUGUAGUUUCCCCGCAACCGGACAUCAACACCUACCGCACCACCGAGGCUCAUCCCGAUCGCCUGAACUAUCCGCCUUCAGAGCCGCAAACUCCACGGUCUCCUUCGCCGGCUGUCCAACAACUCGCGGUGACUUCACCGCUAAACAAUCGCUACAGCGAGAUGUAUCCUGCUCCGGUUAAUCCACGUGUCAGCGAGGAGCUGCGCAACCAAAUGCCUUGGUCCUACACCAGCAUGGUGACCAAGCCCCCACCGCCGCCGCGCAAGCCGCAACUCCAGGUGCAGAUCUACCCGCAGAUCCCGGAACCCGACUAUGCGGAUCACUAGUGUGGAUAGUGGGAGCAGCUCGGAGCUGAUUAGGGUCUAAUCAGUCUGGAUGCGCGGUUGUGAAAAUUUGUGUGUUAUUGUUACCUUUAUUGCAUAAAGCUAAAGCUGAUGGCCAA